AUGUAUGCUAGAGUUUCAUUCAUUAGGUCAACAAUUUUUGAAGAAGGUUUAGGCUUGGGAAACUACACUGAUGAAGAGGUUGAUAGAGUUGCCAAUUUGGUUGCUGCUGGUAGGGAAAGCAGUUUAUUGACGACCAUUUCCAAUUUGACUGCUUCAAGAGCUGAAACUUUUUGGGCUUCGAUCCAACACACCUCGGUUGAUGUUGGCAUGUACGCUUUUUCAAAUUCCCCAUACUUGAUGCAAAAAGUGUUAAACACCAAAGAUGGCUUGGCUGGGUUCCAUGAAAACAUUGACUUUAGUGUUUUCAUCAAAUCCAUUGCUGAAAUUGAUUUAGGCGAUGUGACAGAAAAGAUUGCUGAUAUUGCAAUUGAGUACUAA